AUGGAAUAUAAUAUACAUUCCAAUGAUAAUGAAGUAAAUGAAAGUAUUUUAACGUCUUUAAAAGAUUUAGACAAUAUUUUUUUUGUUGAUAAUUCAGAUUCAGAAAGCGAAAAGGAUGACGAAAAAUUAGCUGAAGAGUUAGGUGAGUUUGUAGAUAUUUCUGACGAUUAUAUUGAAGAUAAAAUAUAUGAUGAAUUAAAAAUAGAAAUUAAAGAAUUUUUUUUGAAACAAAAAUGUUCGUGUCGUUCUACUAAAAAGCCUUGCUUUGAACAAAUUGGCUAUGAUCGAUUUCUUAAACGUCGAGUUGAAUUCGAAAGCCUGGAUAAAAAAAUGCGAGAUAUAGUUAUUAAGGGCCAACUAUUAGCUUUUCAAAAAGAAGAAAAUACAAAAAGAGCAACUAGUGAUAGUAGACAGCGUUGGCGUUAUAAUUAUAGUUAUAGUAAUAAUAUUGUAAUUUGUCGUGAUACAUAUUUAGCUCUAGUUGGAAUUAGUCAUAAAUCUUUAGAAAAUAUAAUUAAGCAUUUUCGUGAACAUGGUCUUAAAGAACGUGUACAUGGUAAUACUGGCAGAGCUCCAAAAAACAUGAAUUGUAUUGAGUUGAGCUAUGAUAUAGCAUGUGAUGUAUAUCAGUUUUUAAAAAAUUAUUCUAAUAUACAUGUAUAUAAUGAUUAUGUACGGGCUUAUAAAGAUAAGCAUAGAGAGGAUACUCGUGUUAUGGCUGAAUCUACCUUUAUUAAUAUCUGGAAAGCUUUAAUACCGUCGCUCCAAUUUAUGUCGCCAAAAUCUGAUUUGUGUGAAACUUGCGAAAUAUUAAAAAUGGAUAUUCAGAAUGCUAUGCAAUAUGAAAAAAAAGUUGCACUUACAGAAAAUUAUAUAGCUCAUUUGAACCGUGCACAAAAAGAACGUGAUUACUAUAAUAACAACAUAACAACUGCAGUUGACGAUGGUAAACGUAACCCAAACCUUAAUAAAAUUGAAGAUGAGUACAAAAAUAUUACAAUUCGAUCUUUCGUUUUUGAUGCUAAUACAUUACCUUCUAUAAUUAGUACCAGACCGCUUUCUCUAAAAAGGCAAGAGGAAUUAUAUAAGGAAAUU